GAAAUCCUCUGGAUCUCUAGGGCAGACUGAGCCCCUUUAGACUUUGCUGUGUUGGUAUUAUACAGAGAUAAAGACUAGGUGUUAUAUUGGGUGUGUAUCUAUAAAAAUUCAAUCUCCUUAUUGCCGAUCCAGACAAGCAAAAACUUGUUAUAUAUACACAAUGAAUGGAAUGAGUUGACCUGCCUUUUAUUGUCAUUAGACGGAUUUUUAAACAAAGGAUUUGGUCUUGCUCAAGUGUUACAAACAAUCUCUGCAGAGUUUAUAUGCAAACCUUUAGAGAUCAAAACCAUCUCUGUUUAACAUGCCACAGAGUUUAUAGGGAACCUUUACAGAUCAAAACCAUCUCUGCUUUGUAAAUCAUGUUGAAUGUUGACCUUCACUAAACAUUUGUGCCUGGGAUUUAGAUUUGACCUGUGCAUGGAUGUGGUCUAUACAUCGAGCUUUAAUGGAACCAUCUGUUAAAAUCUCCAGUCUUUUUUCUGGAUCAUGUGGACCUCCAACAAGUUCGGCUGUUUUUAUGUGUCUGUUGUCUGCCGGUAUAACUUCCUUUGAGCGUGUCUCGUUUUCUGGAUAAAAUAUGAUUAAGACAUUUUCGCCCCAUAUGAUGGGAGGGAAAAGCCCUACCAAGCGUCCUCUAUACAGAAACCAAGAGGAGUCGAUGAAUUCUACAGCAUACCACAAUUAUCCCCCAAAGCCUUUCAUUAACGAUGAUUACCGAUUCGACCCUGCCAAACCCGUCAAACCCUUCCCUGAAAACAACAGAACAGCCGUUAUAUCAGCACUUAAGAAUCUCCAGGAUAAGAUCCGAAAACUGGAAGUGGAGCGAGGCACAGCAGAGAGCAACCUGAAAUCUCUGGCUGCCGAAACAACGAAAUACAAAAACAUCUUACAGAAAGAGCCACAAAAUGUUGCUGGCCAGUCAACUGUGUCCAAACAUACUCAAGAACUAGAAACUCAGUUAACGGCAGCUGAAAGUCGGAGCCAGCUGCUGGAGAAACAGCUGGAUUACAUGAGGAAGAUGGUACAGACUGCAGAAAAUGACCGACAGGAAGCGGUCAUCAAGGCUGCAGUGUCGGACAGAGUGGACAAGGUCAUACAGUCCCCAAAACAGCCUGGGCCCUCCCCAGAGUAUCUCAGGCAGCGAGAGAAACUCAUGGAACUCGAAAGGGAGCACCUGAGGCUCACAGCAUCUCAAACACUCUCAGAGAACAAAAUUCGUGAGCUGGAGGAGAAACUGCAGGAAGAGCGACAUCGACGUAGGGUAAUGGAAGAGAAAACUGUUGAGCAUGAAUCCAUGGCUGAGUCUGCCCGAAUCUUACAGAACGCAGAAAGCAUUGACAGACUAACACACAAAGCCAAGAAAACAAAGAAACGUCGGAAAGCGUCAGCUCACAAGAAACAGAAACAGUCGCCUCCUACCGAUCACAGCAAACACUACCGACUAAACCUUGCCGAAAUCCCUUUUGUAGCGGGGAAAUCCCUGACAGCUAGUCACUCAGUGGGUGCUAAUGUACAGCGGGUCCUGUCCCUAAUGAAAUCUCACAACAUGGCCCUGUGUAAUGGUCUGGACCACCACUCUAGAUCCUCCAGCCCAUCUUCUGGAUCCUCCAGCUCGAGUAGCAUAGACACAGACCUGGCGGAGCUCCUUCUACAGCUACAAGAUGAGUUCGGGCAAAUGAGCUGCGAACACCAGGAGCUGUCGCACGAGAUCAGUGAAGCAACGGACCCCCAGAUCAGGGAGGACUUGGAAAGGGAGCUGGAUGCCCUAGUGACCCGAAUGGAGGCCAAGAGUCAGCAGAUCUCUAAAAUCAGACGACAUCAAAGCAAAUUAGAUCUAAAGAAGAAGAAAAAGAAACCUAUAGACCACUCUAAACGUCGAUCAGCAUCAGCAAAUGCGUACAGUCAACAGAACGAUGAAGUGGAAGUGACUACUACGAUAAAAACGCGGGGGCGUUCGGCGGGGGUGGUACACGUGCAGCCCUCCAGUGCCCGGGAAGUGUCACUUAAUGUGCUAAGGGACAUGAAGAAAUUACAGACAACUUUACGGAAAGAUGAUUUAACCUGGGAAUAGCCAGAAGUGAUAUUAAGGAGCCUCUGUUUUCCAUUUUUCGACUGUGAUACUGCAUGUCCUGUGCGCUGGAAGGACGAGUCUCAUCGUUUCAUUUGCUCAGAAUGUUCCAAUAUUUCUUUGCUUUAAUCAUGGAUCACUCUUUUGUCGAUGUCGGUCUCCUGCUUGUUGUGAAUGAUAACAAUGGUCUUCGUUUUUAUACUGCCAAUACAUUUCACUGAUAUUACAGGAAACAUCAGAUUUUUGCAUUUCAUUUUUAUUUCAUAACUUUUGAAAUUAUGACAGAGAAUGACAAAUUUUGAAAUAUAAUUGAAACUUCUGCACAGCUUCUGCCUGCAGUUUGGCAGAAAUACAGAUAGACUAAAUUUCAGUAGGUGAUCAUAUCAAUAUUCUGUUCUUUGUUGUAGAAAAUCAUGAUAUUUUUUUAAAAGCUACUACUUUGAAUACAUUCUACACUGCUCUAUAUAAAGCAAAAUGUUUUGUUAUCAGAGCAAACAUUAACUUAUGCAUGUUAAAGGUCAGUUGAAAUGUGUGUGUUUUUUACAGAAGUAAUGUUCAAAUUAUGACAUAAUUCAUUGUUUUAGGGAUGUUUUGAUAAAUCUAACAUCUACAGUAUUUUCUUCAAGGUGACAAAUAUUUGAUAAAAUUUAGGUAUAGAAGUAAUGUGCAUUGAUAAUGAAAACAAUAAUAGCAAUGAUUGAAAACAAAGGAACUUUUAGAUAAGACUGUUAAGAAAUGGAUCCUUUUUAUUUCAAAAUGUUAAACUGUAGAUCACGAAUGGUGCAUUCUGUAGAUAUUGAUAUUGUGAACAACAAAGUAUCGAGCAGCCAUACCCAAUUACAGCAUGUAGACUUUUAUAUGGGAUUGGAUCCUUUGAACAAGUUAAUUCUUAUCUCUAUUAUAAAUUAUGACUUGUACAUAAAUCAUAUAUUUAUAUACAUGUAAACAUUAAAAUUUUACCUCAAUAAAAGGUCUGAAAAUACAGAUA